AUGGCUGACAUGUCUGCCGUCGCCCCCGAGGAAAAUACCUCGCCCACCCAGGACGAGCUGCAGCAGGCCGGCAACGGCGCCAACGCCGCCGCCGCCGACAACCGCGGCACCAAACGCCCUCGUAUGAGCGCGACGGGCGACGACGACGAUGAUGAUGAAGACAAGCCCGGUCGCGAGCGCAGGAAGAUCGAAAUCAAGUUUAUUCAGGAUAAGUCGCGUCGCCACAUCACCUUCUCCAAGCGGAAGGCCGGUAUCAUGAAGAAGGCAUACGAACUGUCCGUCUUGACCGGCACCCAGGUGCUGUUGUUGGUCGUGUCCGAGACCGGUCUCGUCUACACGUUCACCACCCCCAAGCUGCAGCCACUGGUUACGAAACCAGAGGGAAAGAAUCUCAUUCAGGCAUGCCUCAAUGCCCCCGAGCCCUCGGGCAACGAGAAUGGAGUUGAUACCACCGACGUGCCCGCCGAUUCCCCCGAGGAUGUGAACCACAACAAUGUGAAUGCUCCGCAGGCGAACAUCCCUCGACCAGGGGGCAUGCAUCCAGGCUAUAUGACCAAUGAGCAGCAACAACAGAUGGCCUACUACCAGAAUCUGCGACAGCAGCAGCAGGCCGGUGGACAGUACCCGGGGAUGCCCGUCGGAGGCCAGAUGCCGCCACAGCAUCAACCUACUGCAUAA